AUGGCUGCAAACAACCUCUUUACGCCCCUCAAGCUCGGCCGCCUCGAGCUCGCGAACCGCAUCCUCAUGGCGCCGCUCACGCGCUGCCGCGCGACGCCUGGCGACCACAUCCCGACGGAGGCCAUGGUCCAGCACUACGCCGACCGCGCUGCAUGUGGCCUCAUCAUUGCCGA